CUCUGGUCUGUUAAAAAAAAACCUUAAACCCAAAAAAAGUAAGCAACUUGCAAAGCUCUGCUGUCUCUUGAUCAGCCUUAAAAGUACACCCCUCUCCCACACGACACGCCCAACUGAGACACUACUCUCUCUCUUUCUCUUUCUCUCUCGCGUAUGAGCUUAGUCGGCUCCACCGUAGCUAUGGCCAUGGCCAUGGACCACACCUUUGGGCUCGACUAUUCAGGCUAUAGCACCCACUCCGCCGCAACGGCCACCGAAUAUGACCUCAGUGGACUAGGCCCUAGUAGCUGGGAUUGGUCUCUAGUGGACGACUGGGAACAUCUUGUAGGCCAAAAUGAUUUAGACCUCAUUGAGUCCAUGAUGGACGAUGGAGGAGGACUCAUCUGCAACCUCGCUCCAGGCGGUUCCGUGUCGUCCCUCGAAGAAGGAUCGUCCCUCGAAGAAGGCUCGUCUCUCUCCGAGUCCACCUCCACCGAGGUGAUGGCCGUGGACGACCAAGCGAACGGCGAGGACAAGAACGGGCUGAGGCUGGUCCACCUCCUUUUGGCGGCGGCUGAGGCGCUUGCCGGCGUUAACAAAAGCCGGGAUCUGGCACGAGUGAUAUUGGUUCGGCUCAAGGGAUUGGUCUCUCCCACAGAUGGAACUAACAUGGAAAGACUAGCGGCGUAUUUCACGGAGGCCCUUCAGGCCCUGCUAGAAGGCGCCGGCGGGGUCCACCCCAAGCAUCUCAUCACCAACGGUUCCCACCGCGACGACCACCACAAUCAGACGGACGUGCUCCACGCGUUCCAGCUCCUGCAAGACAUGUCACCCUACGUCAAGUUCGGCCAUUUCACGGCCAACCAAGCCAUCCUCGAGGCCGUGGCCAACGACCGCCGCGUCCACAUCGUCGACUACGACAUCAUGGAAGGUAUCCAGUGGGCCUCCCUCAUGCAAGCUCUGGUGUCCCGCAAGGACGGCCCCCCUACCCCACACCUGCGAAUCACCGCCAUCUCCAGGGCCGGUGGCUCCAGCAGCGGAAGAAAAUCGUUCUCCACCGUUCAGGAGACCGGCCGCCGCUUGACUGCUUUUGCGGCGUCGAUCGGUCAGCCCUUCUCGUUCCACCAGUGUAGGUUGGACUCGGACGAGACGUUUCGACCGUCAGCUUUGAAGCAGGUGAGAGGGGAGGCACUUGUGAUCAAUUGUAUGCUACACCUCCCCCACUUCAACUACCGGGCACCUGAGUCCGUGGCUUCCUUUUUAUCCGGAGCCAAGACCCUCAACCCGAGGAUGGUGACCCUGGUGGAGGAGGAGAUGGGCCACGUCGGCAAAGGCGUGUUCCUGGACAGGUUCGUUGACACCCUGCACCACUACUCGGCCGUGUACGACUCGCUGGAGGCCGGGUCCCCCAUGCAGAGCCGGACCAGGGCUUUGGUGGAGCGGGUGUUCUUCGGGCCCCAAAUAGCCGGGUCGUUGGCCCGGAUCUACCGUGGCCUUGAGGAGGACGAGAGCUGCUCUUGGGGGGAGUGGUUGGCUGCCGGAGGGCUCAGGCCAGUACCCAUAAGCUUUGCGAAUCACUGUCAAUCGAAGCUUUUGCUGGGCCUGUUCAACGUCGGCUAUAGGGUGGAGGAGCUGGCCAAUAACAAGAUUGCUUUGGGGUGGAAAUCGCGGCGUUUGCUGUCAGCUUCUGUUUGGACGCCUCCGGACUCUGACCUGUAACUUAAUUUGCUUUCCAAUAAUUUCUGUGCUUUUCAGCCAGCUUCCAUUGUUUUCUUUUGCGCUCGAUCUGUGUUGUUAGUUUUAAACACCCAGAUGUGGGUCUUGAACCUUCUCCCCAUGUUUCUACGACAAAAUAUGUGCAGGGGGCUAAUGUUUAAUUUGUAACCCGGCACGGUUCUGUCAAUUUAGUUUUUAAAAUAAUAAUGUGGCUUGUUAAUUAGAA